AUGACUGGGACCAGCUACGUCGCUUAUGAUGACUACAGCCUUCCCACUGAGAGUCCUGAGGAAAGCUGCCAGGCUGAGCCUGUGCCACAUGCGAACAUUUUCCUUCCUCUGCUAUAUGCCAUCAUCUUUGUUGUGGGAAUUAUUGGCAAUUCCAUCCUGAUAGCAGCUCUCUUCAGACGAGGAGUUCAGAGGCUGAUUGACGUCUUCAUUGUCAAUUUAGCUGCCUCUGACUUUGUCUUCCUUAUUACACUGCCACUCUGGGUAGACAAGGAGAAGUCAGGAGGCAACUGGAGGUCAGGCUCCUUUCUCUGCAAGGGAAGUUCCUAUGUCAUCUCAGUCAACAUGUAUUGCAGUACCCUGCUCCUCACUUGCAUGAGUACUGACCGGUACCUGGCCAUCAUGCACCCCUUUGUUGCCAGAAAAGUGAGAACAAGAUUCAAUUCCAUUGGAAUGUGCAUCUGCGUCUGGGUGCUAUCCGGCUUCCUGGGGCUGCCAAUCCUCCUGACUAGACAACUGGUUCUAGACAAAGAGACUGGCAAGUCUCAUUGCACAGACAGUGACCUGAUGCCCAUGAGGUGGAUUACAUCACUGAUCAUUUUGAUUCUGGCCUUCUUUUUCCCCUUGCUGUGCAUCUUGACCUUCUACUGCUCUGUGACAAGGAAGCUCUGCAUGCAUUAUCAGAAAUCUGGAAAACAUGACAAGAAACUAAGGAAAUCCAUCAAGAUCGUCUUCAUUGUAGUGGCUGCCUUUGUUUUCUCCUGGAUCCCUUUCAACCUUUUCAAGUUGCUAGCCAUCAUCUCUCAGCUCCUGGGGCCAAACCUGCCGUGUCUUCCUUACAAGGUUGCCCUGGUGGGUAUGCAGGUGAGUGGCCCCUUAGCCUUUGCCAACAGCUGUGCCAACCCUUUCAUCUACUACUUCUUUGACUGCUAUAUCCGUAGAGCCAUGAUGAGGUGCAUAUAUUCACAAGUGAAAGCUCACAGUGUCAGGAGCAGUUCUGACACUAUGGACACUCGGCUAAGCCAUUCCUUAUCCUAUUUUAUUUAUGGGGAGGAUGCUACCAGGAAGAGGAGACGAUCUAUGUCCUUCUGA